UAGACAGGUUGUAAUCUCACAGGCGCCUUUUUAGAUCUCCUGAUAGCAUUGGCUGCUUCAUUCCUGUGCGUGGUGUAAAAAUGGAGGGGAUUGUAGAAGGCUGUCUGGGGUUUCUAUACGAUCUGCUGGUGGUAGUGUGUGUUGGGCUGCUGCUUCUGCGGGUUGCUGAGGGCCGGUCGGUGAGGUGGUUGGUGCUGCUCGUGGUUUCUGGAGUGACUUUGACCUGUUUGGUCCAUUCAAGCGCUCUUAAAGCUGGCCUUGUGAGUGUGCUGUGUAGUGUUAUCCACUAUGUAGGGCGAGAAGGGGUCAUGUUGCCUACCCAAAACAAGGCUGUACUGAUCACAGGUUGUGAUUCGGGUUUUGGUCAUGAUCUGGCCAAGUUUUUAGACAGCGCAGGGAUGAGGGUGUUUGCAGGGGUUCUGGAUGAACACAGUCCUGGAGCUCUGGAGCUUAAGAAAGCUGCAUCUCCAAACCUUACCGUCCUACAGUUAGACAUUACCAACAGCAGCCAGAUCACACAGGCACACCAGUACAUCCAGAGCCAAACAGGGCUCUGGGCACUAGUGAACAAUGCUGGAGUGCUGGGCUACAUGUGCGAUGGAGAAAUUCUGCCAAUUAAAAUGUAUAAAAAAUGCUUAGAUGUGAAUUUUAUUGGUAGUGUGGAGAUUACACAAGUCUUUCUGCCUCUGAUACGGCAAUCAAAAGGACGGCUCAUCAGUAUAUCAAGUAUGGCAGGAGAAGUUCCACUUCCUGGAUUCGCAGGAUAUGGGGCAUCUAAAGCAGCGCUGAUCUCAUUCAGUGGAGCGAUUAGACAGGAACUCUCACGCUGGGGUGUCAAAGUCAUCAUCAUUCUACCUGGAGCUUUCAAAACAAAUAUUCUGGGCAGCAGAGAGCAGUGGGAUAGCGCUCAGGAGGACGUCCUCAGCGGUUUGUCUCCGGAAGCGAUGGCGUCUUAUGGAGAAGAGUACAUCCGCUCAAUGCAGCAGCGGCUGGCCCACAUGUCCUCAGUAUCCAGCUCAGACACAGGACCGUUUCUGGAGGCUUUAAAGCACGCCAUACUGUCCCCGAGCCCAAAACCCUUCUAUUACCCAGGGGCCUCAGCGUGGGCUCUUCCAUUCCUCUACAGACACUGUCCCACCUCGCUGUCAGACACAAUCCUCUCACAAAUCUUCACGAGCAGCGAUGCCCAACCUGCAGAAGUCUUGAAUUCCUGAUUUGAGCUUCUGUUUGGUGAUGCUAACGGUGCAGGAAUCACACACUUCACAUUUGCAUACCUCACUUGACUGUCUGUGAACAAUUCAAGCAAGCAAAUACCA